UGAGAUCCCUGUGAUUGCAGCCAGUGGGACUGUGUGCAAGAGCUGGUGUGAGCAGCUGUGACAGACUUGCAGUGUGGAUGAAGACCUAAUGCCAGGCUGUGUGUGUACCAGAGGACAUCUCCAAGCGCUUUGUACAGCUGGCGGGCACUCGAGCCGGGGAAGAGAGAAAGCUAACGGAAGGGCAGGUCACAGAGUACACCGGCAGCUGAAGGUCUGGGGCAGUGCAGGUAGUUCAAGGUUCUCCCUGCCGAAGAGGAGAAAAUGUCCGGCUCCUACGAAGACUCCACUGGAUCAGAGGAAAUCACCGACAGCUUCUGGGAGGUGGGGAACUACAAGCGUUCAGUCAAGCGGAUUGAUGAUGGGCACAGGUUGUGUAAUGAUCUAAUGAGCUGCAUCAACGAGCGAGCCAAGAUUGAGAAGGCUUACUCCCAGCAGCUGACUGACUGGUCGAAGAGGUGGAAACAGCUCAUUGAGAAAGGGCCCCAGUACGGCACGUUACAGAGAGCCUGGAUGACCAUGAUGACCGAAGCGGACAGAGUCAGUGAGCUGCACCAGGACGUGAGGAAUGGGCUGGUCACUGACGACUUUGAGAAAGUGAAGAACUGGCAAAAAGACAUGUAUCACAAGCAGAUGAUAGGAGGCUUCAAAGAGACCAAGGAGGCCGAGGACGGAUUUCGCAAGGCACAGAAACCCUGGGCGAAAAAACUGAAGGAGAUGGAGGUGGCGAAGAAGGCUUAUCACCUGGCCUGUAAAGAGGAAAAAAUGGCAAUCACACGAGAGACGAACAGCAAGGCCGACCAGUCUGUCACUGCAGACCAACAGAAGAAACUGCAGGACAAGGUGGAUAAGUGCAAACAGGAAGUGCAGAAGGCGAAAGAGAAGUACGAGAAGGGUUUGGACGAGCUGGGCAAAUGCACGCCACAGUACAUGGAGAACAUGGAGCAGGUGUUUGAGCAGUGCCAGCAGUUCGAGGAGAAGCGGCUGAUCUUCUUCCGGGAGGUGCUGCAGGACAUCAAACGGCACCUGAACCUCACCGAAAACAACAGUUACGCCAUCAUUUACCAGGACCUGGAGCAGGCGAUCCGUAUGGCGGAUGCACAGGAAGAUCUGAAGUGGUUCAGCAACACCCAGGGGCCAGGGAUGCCCAUGAACUGGCCCCAGUUUGAGGAAUAUUCUCCAGACAUGACUCACACCAUCACUAAAAGGGAGAAAGUAAAAAAACCGAAUGAAGGAGUGACUCUGACGAACAUCUCGCCGGGAGGAGAGCACAUGACACCAACUGCAGACCGGGGCAGCCGUAAUGUCAGCCAGAAUAAUGGAAAAAGGACCGCUCCUAUUGGGAAAAGUUCCGCUCCUAAUGGGAAAGGUUCCAGAUCUAACCCUUUUGCGGACGAAAUGACCGAGGAUAUGAAGGAGGUGCAGAGAGAAGAACCCAAAACUGUGAGCAGCUAUGACAAGAACCAGGCUUACUCCGCCGAAUGGUCCGAUGACGAAACCAAUAACCCGGCCACGAACGCCAACGGGGGCAACAACCCAUUUGACGAGGAAGCGUCGCCCGCCCACGGGCCGGGGGUCCGGGUCCGCGCGCUGUACGAUUACGAAGGCCAGGAGCAGGACGAGCUGAGCUUCCGAGCAGGUGACUUCCUGAUCAAGAUGGAGGACGAGGAUGAGCAGGGCUGGUGCAAGGGGCAGUUGGAGAGUGGGCAGCUGGGCCUGUAUCCCGCCAACUAUGUGGAGAGUGUGUAGACACUGCCCCUCCCGAGCCGUCCCUGCAGCUGUGUACAUAUAGACAUGUUCUAGAUCUUGUGUUUUCCGUUCGUAAAGUAACUCAACAAAA